GAGGAAUCUAUAUGGAACAGCCUGAUGGAUUUGUAGUAAAGGGUCAAGAAAGCAAGGUGUGCAAGUUAUUGAAAUCUUUGUAUGGUCUGAAGCAAGCACCAAAGCAGUGGCAUGAGAAGUUUGACACGACUCUAACGUCUGUAGGCUUUGCCAUUAAUGAGGCAGACAUGUGUGUAUAUUAUCGCUAUGGUGGGGGCAAAGGAGUUAUGUUGUGCUUAUAUGUUGAUGAUAUAUUGAUAUUUGACACAAACAUUGAUGUGAUCAAUGAAGUCAAGUCUUUUCUAUCAAAGAGUUUUGAUGUGAAAGAUCUGGGAGAAGCUUAUGUGUUUCUAAACAUCAAGUUGAUUAAGGCAGAUGGUGGGAUUACUCUCUCGCAUUCUCACUAUGUUGAAAAGGUUUUGAAGCGAUUUGGCUUCUCUGAUUGCAAACCUUCUCCAACACCUUAUGAUCCCAGUGUGACACUGCAAAAGAACAAGAGAAUUGGUCUAGACCAAUUGAGAUAUUCUCAGAUCAUCGGUUCACUCAUGUAUCUUGCUAGUGCAACAAGGGCCGAUAUUUCGUUUGUUGUGAGCAAAUUGAGUAGGUUCAUGUCAAACCCCAGGACUGAUCAUUGGCAUGCACUUGAGAGGGUUAUGCGCUACUUACACGGUACAAUGAGCUAUGGAAUUCACUAUUCUGGUCAGCAUGCAGUACUUGAAGAAUAUAGUGAUUUGAAUUGCAUAUCUGAUGUAGACGAGCUUUAUUCCACCCGUGGUUAUGUCUUUACUAUUUGUGGAGUUGCGGUAUCAUGGAAUUCAUGCAAGCAGACCAUCUUGACGAGGUCAACCAUGGAAGCCAAGUUAGAUGCACUUGACACAUCAACCGUUUAGGCAGAAUGGUUGCGUGAACUCUUGAUGGACUUGUCGGUGGUUGAGAAACAAAUACCAGCUAUCCUUAUGAACUGUGACAAUCAGACAGUGAUUGCUAAAGUGACAAGUUCUAAGGAUAAUGGGAAGUCAUCAAGACAUGUCAAAAGGCGAUUGAAGUCUAUCAGAAAGUUGAGAAACUAUACAGUUAUAAGUGUGACUUAUAUUUCAACAGAUAAAAAUCUGGCAAAUCCUUUUACAAAGGGACUACCAUGUAAUCUGAUAGAAAUCGCAUCGAGAGAGAUGGGUAUGAGACCCGUAUAAGUUGCCAUGGUGGAAACCCAGUCUAUAUGAUCGGAGAUCCCAUGAAUUAGGUCCUGAGAAGAACAAGCCAUUGGUGAACUGAGGAGAGUAACCUUUGACCCUCUCUAAGUAAAGAUGCAAUACUCUCAAAUGCUGUAAGACAUGUUGGCUUUGUGCCUUAGUGUGUUUUGUUGACUUUUAUUAGCGAAGAUGUUGUCCUGCAGAACAUUCUUGAAAGAACACACCUAUAUGAGUUAGAUUGUCUAACGUCGCAGUUUAUGAGAUCUGGGUGAUCUCUAAUAAACUCAUGAAGAGACCUUGGAGUAUGACGUAUAUGCUCCACCCGAGAAGGGGACUACUGGUAGUCAGGUACUGGUUAUGGCUUUAAGUGAAACCUAUUCACACAAAACUUGCAAUUCAAGGCAUAGUCCAUUGUUCAAGUUGUGGGUUGGUGUAGCUUGGAGUUCUAGGCAGAAGUUCAACUUAACAGUCUCUGCUAAAAGACUAGUAUAUUAAACAGUAGUGAACAGUGGCAAAAACUGCAGAUGGGGCAUUUGAGAUCUGGUGGAGGAUUGUUGGAUUUAUGGGCUAGGCCCAAUUGAGAAAUUCAAUUAAAUCCUAGAAAAAUCUCAAAAGCCCAUGUAUGGGUAUGGCUAGGGAAUGGUGGAACAAAUAGUGCCAUAUUGCUAGUCCAAGUGGAGUAGAACUAGUUUAAAUAUGGAGGCUACAUUCACUCACCAAGUCAUGGAUGAGAGGAGAGGGUGUGGAGAACCACACGCGCGCGCUCGCUCGCCUCGCUGGGCCGGGCUAAGGCGAAGGGCGCGGGCGCACGACAUGCGCGUGAAUGGCCCGCCGAAAUCCGGCCCCUCGCCUUGCGGGGGCGCGGCUUCCUUUUGCCGUUUUAUUUUUUGGUUGCUUGGCUGUUAAGUUUAGAGCCCUAACCGAUCACGAUAAGGAUCUUAGCCGUUAUCGGAACGCGAGUCUAUCGGUUCGUGGAUAACGUGCAGAUCGGAUCAUAGAUCGUUAUCAGUUCGUAGAUACGGCCCUAUAUAAGGCGCCUGGCAGCCAGCGUCAAACCCAUCCCAAGACAAGUUAGGUUUUCGCCUUUGCUCACAACUGCGCCGCCAUCGUAGUUCUCUUCAUCCCGCCCGCCGACGUGCAUCUGCGUUCGGGAGAGCAGGUCUCCAGAACCCUUCGCCUUCGAGAUCCUACAUCGGGAGAGGGCAAAUAAGGUUUUUGGGAAGCGCCCUCACGCGACUGCUCACGAUCUUAUCGUUGACCCUGCUGCUUCGACGUCAUCGGCCCCGCUGUUUCGACGUCGUCAACCCUGCUGCUUUUGGCCCACGUCGUCUACCAGUAUGUCUGAUCAGUACGCAUCAUCUGAUUUGACCUUAUACUUCAGUUCAUCUAUUAUGGUAGAGGUGUGUUGCAUUUUUAUGAUGAUGUUGUUAGGUAACCCGCUAGGUUACUUUUUGUGGAACAGACACCUAGACUAUUUAUUGUUGGUCAUGAUUUAUAUUUUGAAUUUAAUCUGUAAAAUUUCUAAUAUUUCAACAAUAUUAUCCAGGAAUACGGAUUAUAAAAAAACGUUUCAAACGGUCCAUAGGCUCCUCCAGUAUAAUAGUGUGAAGGCAGAGGCCGAAGGAAUCUAAGGCUGCGUUUGGUAUCGCUUUUUCAGCUUUGCUCCGAAGCAGAAUCAAUUCUCAUAUGCCAAACGGUCAAAAAACCAAACGCUUCACUGAGGGAGCGGAGCGAAUCGCGUCCAAUAAUUGUAUUGGCACAUGGGAGCGAAAAAACCCUGCUCUACCGGCUCCCUCACCUGCUCGGGCAUCCAGCCACAAGCUCAGCCUGCCUUUUGUCUAGGCCGUGACCAUUAGGGUUGGAGGCGGCGCAAUGGCGCCAAGCUACCAGUCGCUACUGCCUAAUACGCUGGAGAUCCAUGCCGCCGGCCCUUCCGUCCAGAACACCAAAGCUCCCAAGCCCCUUCCGUCCACUACAACGCCACCUCUUCGUCUCCGGUCUUCCAGUGUGCAAGGUGAAGUUGCAUUCCUCUCUCCCUCUAAUCUAUAGCCAAUUGAGGUGAGGACGCAAGUGUUUUUUCCUUCUGCUCUAGCUCAUGCAGUGUCUAUUGGUUUCUUGAUUUGAAAAUCAUUUUUAAGAGAAUCCUUGCACAUCAGUAUAGUAGCCGUGAAAAUCCAAAGCUCACACGUCCAGCCCAGCAACACCGUUUCUAGAAAUGUUCUACACGAAAAAUUAAAUAAAAUCACAAGUCGAGAAGCUCAUCAUCAAUCUAUGCUUGCUGUUUAUACCUAUUGUUUUCCAUGAUAGAAGAGCUAGCACUUUGAUUUAUCUUUCCUUUAUUAUUCUUGGUUGUGGCAAUAACAACACCAUGAAGGAGGAUAAUGCAGACUGGUGCGAUGAAAAUGUUAAGAUAGCUUGUGAAAUAUUUGCUGGGGAAGUAAGAGCAAAGAACAGAUCAGGUUCUCACUUAAACAAGCUUGGGUACAACAAUGUAAUGGUCAAGUUCAAAGAGAGGACAAGGAAAACAUACAACAAGCUACAGUUCAAAAAUAAAUGGGACAAGCUGAAAAAAGAUUAUAGUAAUUGGAAACAAUUGGGAAAAGAGAUAGGAUGUGGUUGGGACCCUAACAAGUUGUAUGUUGCUUCAGAUUGGUGGUGGAAGAAGGCAAACAUAGCAUUAGCAAGUUUAAAGACAAGUCACUUCAAAAUGCAGAAGAAUUGAGUGUCAUGUUUGAAGAUCUUCGGAACAUCGGUGAUGAUCAUUGGGCCCCAACCCGUGGUGAGCUACCCCAAGACACUGAAGCACAAAUACAAGAUGCCAUCAACAUUGAAGAUGAAAAUGCUAGUGAUUGUGGGGAAGACACACCAUCUAGUUCCACAUCCAAGAGACGUUGUGUGGUUGUGACAGAUAAAGGUAAAAAAACAAAAGACUACGAGAGGACAAUGGAUGCAAGACUAGAUGUCUAAACUUGUUGAAUUGAAUAAACAGACAACAACAUCUUGUGAGUCUAUGGUCCUGGCAAGAACACAAGAGACACCUGGAUCUUCCAUAAAAGAUGUUAUGCAAUUGGUGAAGGCAUGUGGUCCUAUAGCUGGCAGUAAAGAGCACUUUCAGUGGCUAUCAAUGAAGUAUGAAUGGAUGACAAUGAACAAGAAGGGCAAGUUAGAGCUACUUUGUUAUGCAUUUAUUGUGUCAUUUGUUGUUUUUACCUUACCAAACUUAUCUAUUAUUUCCUCAUUUGUAUUAACUGAUCAGACCAUUGCUAUGGGUUGCUAGUAUUUGUUUAUGAAAAUUAUGGUACUUGAGCUGCUAUUUUAUAAUAUUGGGAAAUUGUCGUAAUUUGGCCCCCUGUUUGGUGAUAUACAGAUGUCUUCUUCAUCUGAAAGUGAUGUUGAUGACAACUCUUCAGAAGAGGAUGAAAUGUUUGAUGUGAGGGUCAUGCAACUAAUGAUACAGAAUCAAACAAAUAUUUGUCUUACAACAAACCUCCUGUGCAAUUAUUUCUUUACCUACUUUGACAAGAAUGAACCAAGGACUUCACAACUGCUUUGAUUUGGUUGGGUGAUAGAAACAUUGGUGACUCUAGGAGAAAGUCAUAGGAUGUUUAGAAUGAAUGCAUCUCUAUUUUAUCAACUACAUGACAUUUUGGUUAAUGAGUAUGGACUAACCUCUUCUAUGCAUAUGAACUCGAUGGAACCAUUAGCUAUAUUUCUUGUUACAUGUGGACAUUCUUGGUCAAACACUUGUCUUCAGAAUAAAUUCAAACAUUCUGGGGAAACAAUUACUAGAAAAUUUAUGGAAGUUCUCUGUUGUGUGGUGAGCAUGUCCAACCAAUAUAUAAGGCCUAAAGAUCCAAACUUUCGUAAUGUGCAUAGUAGGAUAAGAAAUGAUCCAAGGAUGUGGGCACACUUUAAAGAUUGCAUUGGAGCCAUUGAUGGGACUCAUAUUUGUGCAAAUCCACCUCCACAAGAUUUUCUCAGGUACCUAGGAAGAUUUGGUAAAGCAACACAAAAUGUGAUGGCAGUUGUUGAUUUUGACAUGCGUUUCACCUUUGCGUCUAUUGGUCAACCUGGUUCCAUGCAUGAUACAAGUGUUCUCUAUAAUGCUCUACAAAUAGAUGAAGAUAUCUUCCCACAUUCACCUCUGGGUAAUUGCAUCUUCUACCUUUCAUUAUUUAUCUCAUACUUUAGAAACUAUGUUGACGUUUUAAAUCUUUUAGGGAAAUAUUAUGUUGUUGAUGCUGGAUAUCCGAAUAGACCUGGAUACUUAUUACCAUAUAAAGGUCAAAGGUACCACGUUCCAGAGUGGAGAAGAGGCCCAGCUCCUAGUGGCGAGCAAGAGAUGUUCAACCAUUUGCACUCAAGUCUUCGAAAUGUUGUUGAGCAUGUAUUUGGUGUAUGGAAGAUGAAAUGGAGAAUUCUUCUCAACAUGUCAAAAUAUCCAAUGGUAAAGCAAAAGAUGAUUGUUGCAGCUACCAUGUGUCUCCACAACUUUAUUCGUCAACAUCAUGCACUUGACAAGGAUUUUGAAAGAUGUGACCGAGACCAAGAUUAUGUGCCCACUAUACCAGCAAGGUAUAGGAACCAAGCCCUUUCUCAAAGUUCAUCGGAUACCACAUCACAUGCUAAUGACAGGACAAUGGACAGAUUCUGUGAUGAUCUUGCUCUUGCUAUUAGUUCAUCUAGGACAUAAGCUUAAGGAUAUUUGGAUUUUAUUUUAGCCUCCUUUUGGGCAUGUGGUUGUAUUUUGUUGGACCUUAACGAACAAUAAUGGAUGCAUCCUGCCCCGUUGUUCCCUUUCGAUCUUCAAUAGUGUCGGCGUUCCGAGACCGGGGGGUCCCUG